AUGGCGCAGUCCUUGUCGGACGAUGAGUUCCAACGAAUGCAGAAUCAGUUACUGGAACUCAGAACUGCUAACUAUCAGCUUAAAGAUCACUCAAGAAAGUUAGAAAAUGAGUUGAGCCAAUUGAAGCAAACUUCUGCUGUAAAUGAGAAAGAGCUUGAAAAGGCAAACAAGGUCAUUUCCAAGAGCAAAAAGGCAAGGGAUGUUGAAGCCUUGUUUGUAGAGAAUGAUGGCCUUCAGCUUAAGAUCCAGAGCCAGGAAGAGGACUUUCGCCUCCAGAACUCCACUCUUAUGGAAGAGCUCUCAAAGCUUUGUACAGCAAAUGAAGAGUUAGAGAAGGAGGUCAGUACAUUAAAGCAGAGUCAAAGUGCCAAUGACAUGGUCGAUGGAAGCCCCUCUGCUUGCUCACAGAAUGAUAUCAGAAGACUUCAAGCUGAAAAUGCAGCUCUACAGAAAAACCUUGCCAGUACUCAACAAAGAUAUAAUGAUGAACUUAAUGGAAUGAGACAAAAUGUAAAUAUGUUGACUCAAGCAUGUGCUGAUGCUGAAGAGCGUUAUACCAGAUUAUUAGGGGAGCGUCCCACUCCAACAGGAGCAUCAGGAGACCAGCAGGAAGGAGAACAGAUGGAAGAGAUACCAAUAUCAACACCUGAUGGGACUGUAUCAGAUCAACAGUCACCUGUUGAAGCAGAGUUAAACCACUUAUUGAAUGAUGAAUUUGAAGCCUUUAUUGAAGACCUGAAGCUUACUGCUGUUACAAGUGACUUUGAUGAUGAUAUAGAACCAAAAGAUCCUAUGACAGUACUACAAGGACAUGCCAAGCAACUGAAGAAGAGAGUUAGUGGUGCACUUGUUAGAAACAUGGAAAGCUUUGUCAAGAUGGUAUCAAAAGAAGAAGGAAGAAUAAGCAGAGGAAGUUCUUUUGCAGAACCAAAUGAACCAUGUGAUCUGAAUAUGUCCAGAAUAGAUGAUCAAAUGAAAGAAAUAAAUGACUUACAGUUGAGAGUAGAUACAGAGCAAGAAGAAAACAAAAUAUUGAAACAGCAACUCCAAGACAGUGAGCAAUCUUACAAGGCAGAAAUUUUAACCCUGCAAGAGGAGAUACAAAAAUUGUCAGAAAAGACCAAAAAGAAACAAGAAAGCUUAGUGCAAUUACAAAAUGAGAAGGAAGAACUAUAUGCCAAAAACAGGAAAAAUGUUGAAGAGUUGCAUGGAUCUGUAGACAAGGAACUUGAGUAUUUGAGGAAAGAAAAUAGUGACUUGAAAGCAGCUUUAAACAGGAAUAAGCAGAAUCGAAUGGAGGCUCAAGAAACUUCAAAGCAGCAAAUAAGACAACUAGAGAAUACCAUAGAAGAAUUAAAACAAAAGGCUUCAAACAGUGAGGAGGUUGCCAGAUUAGAAGAAGAUAAAUCAAUAUUAACCAAAGAACUUGCCAAUAUUAGACAGGCUUAUACUUCUACAUCAGAAGAGGCUAAUAGAUUACAGAAUGUGUCAACCAGUGCUAAGAACCAGCUUGAAUCUACCGAGCAUGAGUUAGAAGAGCUUCAGCUAGCACAGAGUAAAUUAAGCAGUGAGAGAGAUGAACUACAGGCUCAGUUCACUGAAUGCCUAGCAGCCAAUGCUACGUUAGGAGACCAACUCAGUACAGCAGAGAAAGAAAGAGAUACUCGUAGCAAAGAAUUACAGGAAACUAAUAAGAUAGCUGAUAAGAGGAAAAACAUGUUAGAUGAGAUGGCAAUUCAAACACAAACCAUCAGAGAGCAACAUAAGGAAGAAGUUUCUAGUAUGACAAUUAGUCAUCAGAAAGCUCUUGAUGAUCUCAAACAUGAACUUCAAGAUGAAAAGCAAAAGAGAAAAGAACUAGAGCCUUUGAAAGAGCAGAUCACACAGCGAGAUGUACAAAUUGAAUCACUAGAAAAUGCAAAGGGAUGGUUUGAAAGGAGAAUGAAAGAAUUAGAGGAGGAACUUGAAGGAACAAAAGAAAAGCAUAUAGAAGACAUCAAAGAUUUAGAAGCCAAGCAUCAAGAAGAAAUAUUAAAUCUCCAAGAGGAGCUAUCUGAGAGGGAUAAAGCUAUAGAGAGUGCCAAAGUUGAGAUAGAGGGACAUCAAGCCACCAUAGAGAAAUUGGAACAGGAUGCCAGGGAUUCUGUAGUAGAUCAUAAACUUGGUGAGAAGAAGAGAUCUAGCAUGCUGAAGGAUCUUCAAAGGCAGUUGAGACAGGAGAAGAAGAGAUCAGUUAAAUUACAGGAGAGAUUACAAGAAGUCUUAACACAGAACAGUCAAGCACCACAAGGUCUAGAUGCACUCUUCUCACAUCAUACCUAUGAUGACAGGUCUUCUAGACAUGACACCAGUAGCAUCUCAUCUUUAAGCAAUAGUGGGACUGGCAGAGACUACAGUGACUUUGCUCCUUCUCCCAAUGACUCUAUGUCUGCUGCCCUCAGUGAGGAGACAACAGAACUCAUCUCCAAAUUAACACAAAUCCAACAAGAAAACUGGCAACUAGAAGAAAAGGUGCGUCACCUUGAAGAAAGCAAUGCAUGCAUGGCAGAAGAUCUCCUGAGAAAAAGUGCAAUCAUUGAAGCUCACGUCAUGGAACGGAAAAUCAUUGACCCAGCUAAGGUCAAUUCAUCCCCAGCUGAUGUGAAACCGGAGACUAAGGGACCAUCAUUACGUAAGAUGAGAGAAUUAAUGAGGUCAUCAAGGGAUGUGGAGGAGGAGAGCCAGAGGGAAAUGAAUCAAAAAUUACAAGUCAUGCUUGAGGAGACCAUCACUAAAAACAUGCAUUUACAGCAGGAUAUUGAGAUGCUAUCAAGUGAGGUUGUACGACUGAGUAAGUUGGUAGGAUCAUCUCAAUCAGGUACACCAUCUCCAGUAGAUGAUCAUCAGGGUAAACUUUCUGGAGGUGCAUCCUCCAUGGCAACUACAUCAUCAUCAUCUCAUCCAGUAUCAUCCUCAUAGCAGAUACCCUGCUCUGCAUAUACACUAUUGUCAAUAUAUUGUUUCUAUUUAAAAAUUGCCAAGUCCUGUUGGGCUAUUGCACAAACUACUGAGCUGGGAUAAAACUUGCAGGUGCAAGGCAACUGAGCAGAUUUAUUAUCAAAGUGGUCUCUGGAAGUAAUUUCAUCUGUGAUGAAAUUUGAUGAAUCAAGAAAGUUACUAAGGUGUGGGUAUUUUUAAUGCGGGAAGGAAGAGAGUUGGAGUGUCCUUGGGUAUGUAGAGUAUGUGAAGCAGUCCUUUACCGUAAAUGAAUUUUUAUGGAGGAAAUCAGUUGCACCAUCUUGGAAGAGGAUCAUUAGGGAAGUAGCAUUUAUUCACAAUGUUUGGAAAAUGUUUUUUUUAAUCAAUUUAUAUACUAUAAUCAAAACAGUCUCAGACAAACUUUAUUUUUUGAUAGGAAAUUGGAGGAUAAACUGAUUCCCAAUAUCUUGACAAACAGGUAAUGGGCUGUUUCUUCCAUUCCAGACUUUGCACAUAUAUUACAUAAAACUUAUCAUCAAUAGUAAGUUUUAAUCCAAUCAUAGCUUCAUUAGAAUCCUUGAUUUUGAUUGGCUGUUGAGCAUUGUUGACAUGGUACUUGCUGUUGAUGACAAAGGUUCCAUGAUAGAUAAGUUUUAUGCAACAUGGUAGCACCCAAUUCGUGCCACACAUGAUGUGUAUGCCAUGAAAGAAAAUUAUAUUUCAGUCAACUAUUUUAUUAAGUGAAACCCAUCAAUGGCAAUUGUGUUAUUCCUUUUGCUAUUUGACUUGCCGUAUGUUUUAGUCAGUUGAGAAGCAGGUAUCAACGCAAAUAAAAUGUUAAGUUUUCUUUUUCUGAAAACAUACAAGAGUUUAUCCUUUGUAUUACAAGCAAAUGUGUAAUUCUUGACAAUUUUGUGAUGAAAAGACCAUUUUUAAUUAUAUCAUAAACUCAGUUUGGUUAUAAUUAUGUUAAAGGAAAAAUAAUUACUUAAUAAAAGAGCUACUAUAUAUAUAUAUUUUUUUUUUUUUUUGGUGGACAGGGUGGAGGGGAUAUUGUUAUCAUUGCUUAGUGUAUCAUUAAUUACGUUUAAUUCAUUUAUGUUGUAAAGCAUUCCAACAUUAUAAUGGAGUUUCCUUUUAUCCAUUGCAUGCAGCCUUUGCUCUACCUGGGGGUGUUUCACAAAGAGUUAAGUAUGACUUCAAUGCUGACCCUUACAUAUGCAACGCGCAAUCUCAUUUAUCAAUAUACAGUAGUGUGCAUCCUCUUGGUAUGAUCUGACCAAUGCAGUCACACCUUUUAUACUGCACACAAAUAGGAACUUAAGUGCGACUCAUACUUAAAUCUUUGUGAAACACCUUCCUGGUGUUAUUAACCCAAGUGUGUAUGUAUUAUAUGAAAGAGAAUAAAUUUAUAUUUAGAUUAUGUCUGUAUUUCCUCUCCUUGUAAACUUGUAGAAUAAUGUUGAUAAGAUACUAGUACUCCCAGAAUACUGAUAUGGCAAUAAUGAUAAUUUAUCUCAACUUCAGUGACUAUUCCUGGAUGAUUAAGAUAGCAGCUUUCCAUGUGAACUCAGAAUUAAUUGCAGUGAUCACAUUAGCAUCAAUGAUAGUGUUGUAAGGCACAAUGUUGAGAUGUAUAUUUUAUAUGUUGAUAAUACUGCUCAUAUAAUAACACAUCGUUUGCCAUGAGUACCAUCCAUUUCAAUACAGUACAUCAGGAAUAAGAUAUUUUUUUGAAUUCUUCAAGUGAUAAACUUAUCCUCUAUUGUAAUGAUUUUCAGCCUCAUUUUUCUCUCAACAUUUCUCAUUAAGUGUAUGUAAAUCAUGGCAUCAAUUCUAUGGAGCUUAAGGACGUUCCACAGUUAAAGUGAAAUCCAUGUCAUUUUCACCAAACUUUGCACAUAGAUACUUUAGAACCUUAAUAUUCGAAAUAUGCAAAAAUUAACAUAGGUCCAUGUGCUUGAUUUUUUGCUAUAGAGCUUCAAAGUUCACCCAAAUUGAUGUUCUUAAGAAUUGCGCAUUCAAAAGAAUUUGGCAUUUUUAGACCGCCCAAGAUGACUACAAUGAGUUUAAACCUCUAUUACUCAGUCAAAAUACAUGAAAAAGUCAUCAAAUUUCGCAAGAGAGUUAAUAAUUGUAUCGUUAGAAUGGAGAAUCUAUUAAUAGUGCUAUUUGUUUGCAAUUUUAAGUUUAACAGCACUGUCAGUUCUUAAAAAUGGCGUAAAAGAUAACAAAAUCCCAAUCUAAAAAAUGUAAAAUUUCAGUAACAAACUACAAACGUACAAUAGAUGCUGCACUUUAUUCAAAAUCCAUGUCAUUUUCACCAAAAUUUGCAGAGUUGUAGAGGAAGGUAUACCUAAGAGGUACAAACAUUAAAAAAUAGGGGUUCAUGUGCUUGUUUUUAAACUAUCAGCAUUUUUAUUAGAGCAAAUGUGCUUUUUAAAGCACCAAAAAUGGGCCGAAUGCUUAGUAUCUAUGUGAAGAAAAAAUCAAAACCACUCUACCAUUUAUUCAAACUCGGGGUAAUAUUCGUGAUUCUUGGCAGCACUGCAGAGUAAAGUAUUUUGAAAUUGUAGAGAAUAUUUUUUUGAAUGGUCCAUGGAAUAAUUCAAUUUUUUAGCUUCAUGAAAUAACGCAUCGGAUCUGCAGUUAAAGUGCAGAAGAUGAGAAAAAUCAGCGCAUACCCGCAGCUAAUUAAUCACCUGUUCAUCCAUCAUCCAUUGUGACGUCAGCGCGCAGAGUGUAAACUAUGCGCAGAUCAUAAUGCGCACAAAUAUAACUGUGGAACGUCCUUAAUGAAUGGUAAUACUUGUU